AUGUUCCCGGGCGCGGAGGAGAGCAGACGGAGGCCCCCGGCGCCGGGCGGCAGGAAAGGCCCCCACCGGGUGCCCGCGGCGCGCCUGAGCCGGCCCGGCUUUGUCCAGGCUGAGCUGCGGGGCGGGCUGGAGUGCGGCGUCGCCGGGUUCUCCCGCGGGAGGGGAGGCACGCCCGUAGUUAUUGACAGCCGCAUGAACAAACUGCCUUGUUACAGGUGUCGCCCCUCUGUCUACUCCCUUUCUUACAUCAAGAGGGGAAAAACACGGAACUACCUCUACCCGAUCUGGUCACCAUACGCCUAUUACCUUUACUGUUACAAAUACCGGAUCACCCUCCGGGAGAAGAUGAUGCCUUGUUAUAAAAGCAUCACUUAUAAGGAACAGGAGGACUUGACACUCCGGCCCCGUUCCUGCCUUCAGUGCUCCGAGUCCCUAGCAGGCCUCCAGGUGGGCAGAAGCACCGAGCAGGGUGAUCACAACCAGCUUAAAGAACUGUAUUCGGUUGGGAACCUGACGGUGCUGGCUACUGACCCCCUGCUCCACCAGGCCCCAGUGCAGUUAGACUUCCACUUCCGCCUCUCCCCCCAGACCUCUGCCCAUUGGCACGGCCUUCUCUGUGACCAUCGGCUCUUCCUGGAUAUCCCAUAUCGGGCCUUGGAUCAAGGGAACCGGGAAAGUUUGACUGCAACACUGGAGUAUGUGGAGGAGAAGACCAGUGUGGACUCCGUGUUUGUAAACUUCCAAAAUGAUCGCAAUGACAGAGGUGCCCUACUUCGGGCCUUCAGCUACAUGGGCUUUGAGGUGGUCAGACCAGAUCACCCUGCCCUUCCUCCCUGGGACAAUGUCAUCUUUAUGGUGUAUCCCCUUGAAAGGGACCUUGGUCACCUGCCCAGUGAGCAUGCCUGA